CGUGUUCGGUCCUUUAUCAGUGUAGGAGAGUCGAACGGGACGUCAUGUUGUCACGGCGAAUCCCGGCGGAGACAAUGGAUAGCGAGGCGGAUAACGACGUUUUUGUUACAGAAGAUGAUGUGGCACUACCAAACCACUUUUUACAUGAACUACCAAGUUACCAGUCUCUGGUAAGGAGAAGACCAUCAAAUUAUGGAACCAUUGACUCCCAUAGAAGUAACCGCAAUCUGAAACGCUCACUAUCUCAAGAGCCUAGUAAUUUGGAAUCUGCAGAUACUGAUUUUAGUAUUCCUUUGAGGGAACGCCCUAUCAGCAUUCAGGAAAAAAGAAAUAUACGGAAAAUUCAGGCAUUGCAUUUCCAGAGUACCACAGGAUGGGGUCAGUUAAAAGACAACAGCAGAAGUGUAUAUCAGAAAUUCCAUGGUGAAACUACCGCUUUAUUGUCUAAUAUUCAGCUUUGGAGGAGUAACAUUCACAGUAUUGAGGGUAAAUUUGGCACAGGCAUCGGGUCUUAUUUCUCGUUUCUGAGAUUCUUAGUGUUGCUGAAUUUUGUCAUAUUCCUCCUCAUUUUCUGUUUUACAACACUGCCAGUUGCCAUUUCCAAACAAGGAAUAUUUAACAGCAGCCAAAUUGUUCCAUCUGGGGCUGAAUGUGCUAGAUACUCACCAGUUGGCAAAGGACUUCUGUAUUUCUACAAUAAUAUUAUAGACUUUCUUUCUGGAACGGGUUUCCUCGAACUGACGUACCUUUUUUAUGGUUAUUACACCAUAGACACAGUCAAUGUUUACAUCAUCCGCUAUAGUCUGCCUCUUGCCUAUAUAAUGGUCACAUUUAGCUAUUUGCUCUUAAGCAUUGCAUGGAUUGUGAAGAGGGCAGUAGAAGGUUUUAAGCAGAGCCUGGUACAUGAUGAAGAUCGGUUUCAGAGUUACUGUAACAAAAUAUUUGCUGGCUGGGAUUUCUGCAUCACUGACCGGAGUUAUGCUGAUCUGAAGCACAGAAGUCUUCAGUAUGAGUUAAAAACAGAUUUGGCAGAAGAAAGAAUACGUCAAAGGAAAGAGAAGCGGACACAGAGAGAAACCAUGAAAAUCUAUUUCUUGCGCUUGUUUUUGAAUAUCAUUGUGAUCUCAGUAUUGGGCGGUUGCUUCUAUGCAAUAUAUUUGGCUACAAGCUAUUCACAGGAACACACAAGCUCUGUAAGUUAUUUAUAUCAAAGCAACCUCUUUAUUGAAUAUCUUCCAUCCAUUGUCAUUACUAUUGCCAACUUUAUCACUCCACUCAUCUUUGAAACCAUAGUACAAUAUGAAGACUAUUCUCCAGCUUUUGAGAUCCGCUUUACGCUUAUAAGGUGUGUGUUUGUGCGAUUGACCAGCAUUGCUGUUCUGCUUAUCUCUUUAUGGACUAAAAUCACUUCCUGCUCAAACGGAAGCUGCAAGACUUGUGGAUACAACUAUAAAGAUUACCCGUGUUGGGAAACCCGAGUUGGACAAGAAAUGUACAAGCUCAUGGUGUUUGACUUUUUAAUAAUAAUGGCAGUGACUAUUUUUGUGGAAUUUCCAAGGAAGUUGCUGGUCACUUAUUGCUCUUGUAAGCCAGCUCAGUGGUGGGGCCAGCAGGAGUUCCAGAUCCCAGCAAACGUGCUUGAGAUUGUGUAUGGACAGACCAUCUGCUGGAUCGGAACCUUCUAUUCUCCACUUCUUCCAGCCAUAGCGACUAUAAAGUACUUCAUUAUAUUCUACGUCAAAAAAAUCUCUUUAAUGGAGAAUUGCAGGCCAGCUACCAGGCCUUUCCGAGCCUCAAGCUCCAAUUUCUUCUUCCAGGUGAUACUGCUAAUAGGCCUUGUCCUUGCCUGCGUCCCUGUGGGGAUUGGAAUUGCUAGCAUACCAGCUUCCAAAGCAUGUGGCCCAUUCAUCAACUAUAACACAUCAUGGCAGAUCAUCCCCUCCACUGUAGAUUCUUUUCCAGACGGCCUGAGAAAGACCAUCUACGUCAUUUCAUCUGAAUCCUUCGCAGUCCCAUUUUUCCUGCUGUCAUGUCUGGUCAUGUUCUAUUUUAUUGCAUUGGCCGGAGCCCACAAGAAGGUGGUCGAGCAGCUGCAAGAACGACUGGUCAUGGAGAGCAGAGACAAAAUGUUUCUGAUCAGACGUCUGACUGAAGCACACAGCAUACACAAUUAACAGCUUCUUGUUGUAUAUUAAAUCAAAUGUUACAUUGCUCUUUUUAACUAAUUUACUAAUGUGACAUGUACCUGGGAGAGUAGUUUAUAUCUCUUCUUGUAAAUUUACUAUAAAAGAGCAUUUCCACUUGUCUACAGGGUGUAUUAGCAUCUUUACAGAUGCAAC